AUGCUGUCAAAGAAAUGCAUCAAGUACGUUUGCUGGACACUUCUGUUCGCGUUUGUGUUCCUUGGACUGCCAAAAUUCUGUUCGAGCCACGGACACCACCACCACCAUGAUCACGACCAUGACCACCAUACAUCCAAGCCCGUGUCUGCACCAACCGUCGACUCAAUGCUGUGGAUCAAAGCAUUGUCAUCUACCGUGGCUAUUAGUGUGCUGCCGUUUAUUGUGUUGUUCUUCAUACCUAUAAAUAACAAGGACGAACACAAGUCGGUUCUGAAGGUGCUCUUGAGUUUUGCUUCUGGUGGAUUAUUAGGCGAUGCAUUCCUACAUUUAAUCCCACAUUCAUUGUCCACACAUCAUCACGAUCAUGGUGAUCAUCAACACAGUAAUGAUGACCAUCACCAUGAUCAUGAUCAACACUGCAGUGCUGAUUCACAUAGUUCGGAAGGUGGCCAUGACCACGGCAACGAGAUUGGAGUGGGAUUGUGGAUCCUAGCCGGCAUAUUGGUGUUCUUGUUUGUCGAGAAAAUGGUUAGAGUGAUAAAAGGUGGGCAUAGCCAUUCACAUUCGUCUGUACGCCCCAAGGAAAAGCUGAGUGAUGAUGAAGAUGAAGAUAAUGAUAAAAAUGUGCUACUUCCAAUGCCAGAACAAAGUUUAUCAGUAGCUGGAUGGUUAAAUGUUGUUGCUGAUUUUACACACAACUUUACCGACGGACUUGCCAUUGGUGCUGCAUAUUUAGCCGGUCAAAAUAUUGGUAUAGUCACAACAAUAACAGUAUUAUUUCAUGAAAUCCCACAUGAAAUUGGAGAUUAUGCAAUUUUAAUUCAAGAAGGUAGUUCUAAGGCAAAUGCUAUGAAAUGUCAGUUAUUAACUGCAGUAGGUGCUAUUUGCGGAACAUUAGUGUCAUUGACGUUUGGAAAAGAUAGUGAAGUUGCAAAUUCGUGGGUACUACCAUUUACAGCUGGUGGUUUCAUUUAUAUUGCAACUGUGAACGUAAUACCAAGUCUUUUGGAAGACUCGAGUUUCAUACAGUCUAUUAAAGAAAUUUUAGCUUUAUUAGUGGGAGUUUACUUAAUGGUUCUUGUUGCUAAAUAUGAAUAA